GUCCGAUAAAUAGCCGCAGCCUCUGCUCCGUUCCCCACAACACCAACCCCUCUACGGGCGCGCGGACUGGAGUCAGCAUGUCUUCCCAUGUGUCCUCCGAGUGUCGCCGGGUGACUCCGUCAGUCCACGGUAACCGGUUCGACACGGUGCACCGUAAGAGAGCCGUCGCCAACAUUUUCGAGAACGUCAGCGAGGACGCGCUGACGAGACUCUUCAAGAAAACGGGCGACAUGAAGGCGGAGGAGCGAGUGCGGAGCAUCGUGUCCUACACGCACGACCCGGAGGAGAGGACCCGAGCCCUGAUGGCGCUGAAACAGCGCAAGAAGGAUAAAUUCCUGCGGAUCGCGGGCGUCGUGCGCCAGUGGCUCCUGCUGCGUUGACUGUGUCCUCCUCACAGCCUGGCUGUGUCUGACUGUCUGUCCCCAUGGGAGCAGGCUGGGAAGACAAUCCCAGUGUGUCUGGGGUUUGCGCCACUGCAGCGGCUCGUGUUUCCUACAUGAAAGCUUCUGGUGGGCAGAAGAAGAGCGAAGGUCCUGGACGGACGCAGCUGCCUCGGAACGGAGGCUGAAGGCAGGGGGACCUGAGGCGGCUGGGACAUCUCCUUAGGGCUCACGCAUGUCUGCAGCUGCGUGAAGGAGAAGCAGCACCUUGUGCGGGUGCAUGGGACAGUGGAUGCUGCACCCAGCAGAAGGAAACUUUGGUGUGGAAGAACUGAAGUGUCCCGUAGUGAACACAUGUCUGGUCUCCUACCCCCACUGAUGUGCGACCACAUCUCUGACCUGUUCAAUAAACAUCCUGUUUGAUAUGAAAUAGCUGAA